AUGAUGCAACAAACGCAAGAUGUUGACCUUACAUCUCUUAAGAAAUGCUCCGACUCGUGUCGUGUACUACGCACAGUGUGCUCAGACCCGCUUCUGAACCCGUGGCACCACCCCGUUCGCCAUGCGAUAUUUGAACUAUUUACCCACCACUCAAUUAGGAAUAACGGCAGGCAUACUAUUGAAUACCCUGUUGAAGCCCUCUUAGAGGACCACGAAUCUGAAACGCUUACAAUACUCGCUGCAUUGGCUGCCUUCUCUUGCGUUCCACGAUCUGUCGUUGUCGACAUUUUAGCUCUAUCACCGCCACGGUUCUUGCUGUAUCACUCUGCUCGAUCAAAACUCCCCUGUGAGCUAUGGGAGCAAGCUUUUCGAAGGAGAUUCCUUCCCAGUUGGAUCCCUCCUUGGGUGCGUACUUCACGACGACCAAGCUGGGCGUGGCAAGAAUGUUUUUUCCGUAUACUUGAACAACUGAAUCAUAGGUUGACUUCAAACUGUACGAGUAUGGAAAGUUGGACAAACUAUGUUGUGAUACUCCGUUCAGGAACAGCUGCCACCUGCACAGCAUAUUCACGGACUUUCAGUGCGUCGGUCAUCAUGAAUGAUCUAAAACGCCAAGCAAACCUCAUGGAAUACGAAACCCAAGCACGCGUGAUCGUUCAACUGGCAGACGUUAGAAUCGUCAUGCUCGGUAUGCUUCGGAAGCCUCCAUAUUUUGCGUUCAAUAACCAUGCACGCGAGCUCAUCCAUCCUCCCGGAGUCGAAAGGCCCGAUGAAAUCCCCUCACCCCGGAACACGACUACCGCGGGGAGACCCCAAAUCCCACAUCCACCACAACUGCCGCAACAAGCACAACAAGCACAACAACAACCGCUCCCACAAGGUGCAUCUGUUUCAUCAAACGUCUCCACCAUGCGUUCAUCUGGUGCGCCAAGACGAUCUACUUUCACUACUCCGAGUACAAGGUCUCCCUCUCGGGAACGUCGUGCAAGCAUUGGCCUACGACUGUCCAGAACAUUGACCCAUGAAUCAACUAGCUCUGCACGUAGCGGAGAAUCCUCCUCAAGCAGAACCGGGGGUAUCAUGAGUAGGAUUCGGAGAUGGACUUCUGGCUCCGACGGUCGUGCAGAGCAAAAUUUGUCACCUAGAACGAGCGUCUGCGUAUCAUGGCCUCUCGGUGAUCAUUUCAUUCCGGAUCCCUCAGACCACAGUCGGGUGACCGCUCCAACAACUCACAAUGCAAGCACACCGCUUGAUUCAACUCUAAAUCAAGCAACUAGCAUGUCAUCCAGAGCGCCGGUUAACAGCUUGCCUCGACUGCAGCACCCCGAACCGAGUGAGAAUUACUCUCAAUACCCUAACUAUACUCCAGGGGAAGACGAUACUCGUUGGCGCAUCCAAAAUGGAUUAGAAGAAGGCGGGCUACUUUGGGUGGGGCCAAUAAUGAUCACUGCCCAGCUUGUCCCCCACAAUGUAAAGCAUAUAUCAACUCCAUUAACUGCCGAGGAGGUAUACUCGGAGGGUCGUCACGUAUCUUUCCGUUGGGAUGACCUGAUCGCAAUCGCACCGUGGAUGGAGGAAAGGCUAACGAGACGUGAUGACGGUUCGGACUUGUUCCUCGAGUAUGGGCCUAGCUUCGAGCCCACGGUGUCGAGUUUAUACAUCCUCGAACCUGAAUUCGAAGUAUCCAAUCGAUCCAUCACCUCUUCCUGGAACGGCCCCAGAACACUCAUUUCAUCUGAUCCUUCAAACGCCAUACCCGCCCCCAACGUGGCCUUCGAAACUCCAGGAUGCUUCUCCGCUUUUACGAGACAUUUCGGCCUUGCUCAAGCAACAUGGAGGGAUCGUAAAUUUUGCAUGGGCACCACCGCUAUCAGAAACCCCGACAGAAGGAUCGUCAUCAGUCGGCGGCGUAUGGCAAGAAAGCGACAAACCCGAGUCCUACAAGGGAAUACUUUAUUCCCGGAUCGAGACCCAUACACGAUGCCUGUCGUAUCGAAAAGCAGCCUACCCGAACUCUCGUCAAUCAUUCCUAGGCCAUUACAAUCACCUGGCGCGCUCAGUCCACCAAACUCUCGUUCUCCAGCGGCUAAAGUGAUCGACAUUUACGUUUGUACGCAUGGCGCGCGGGAUUGUCGAUGUGGUGAUAUAGGAGGCGAGAUAGCCUACGCCUUGCGCGCCAUGAAGCGACCAGAUGUGCGGGUCUUUGAUAUUGGUCAUGUAGGAGGACACAAGUGGGCCGGGAAUGUUAUUGUCUUUCCGUCAGGUGAUUGGUACGGCAACUUGCGUCCUGAAGAUCUGCCGCAGCUUGUCGAUCACAUCACCGGCCCCGAUCGUGUUGAACCGUGGUGGGCCCACUGGCGCGGGCGUAUGGGACUGACGAAGGAUAUGCAAAGUGCACUGCAUAAUGCUGCAGUCUAUUCUGAGCAUCUUGAUAAAUCUAACACAUUUCCCUUCGCUCCGAUUCGCAGGGGCCAGGCCAAUCGGUCUAUUCACACCGUGAAAUUUGUUUCAUGGGAAGGAAAGGAGACCACUGUACAGGCUAGCCAAGGGAAGAAUUUAAUGCAGGUUGCGAAGGAUGCUAGUCUCGAAGGAGUAGAAGGUAUAUGUGGAGGAAAUCUUGAGUGCGCAACCUGUCAUAUGUACAUCUCGCCUUCGGCACCUCUUCCUCGCAUGUCAGAUGCGGAGGAUGAUAUGCUUGCAUAUGCGAUCAAGCGAAGAGAUGGCGAGAGUCGGCUCGGGUGUCAAAUAGACGUUACUCCCGAACUCGCAGCUUGGAUAGCAGAAGGCGGAAGGAUCGAACUUCCAAGAUUUUGA